UCAGAACGUUAUUGUUGAGUGCCGUACUAAGAAGUGAUUUUAAGUGAUGGCAACGUAAAUUAGAAAAACAAAAUAUGAGACGAUUUCAAAUAGCAUUGCUUUUUAGCAUAGCUCUCUAUCGGAGUUUUAAAUGUGUGAUAUCCGCUACUGAAUGCGAAUCGAAUGAACGCUGGCAGUGCUCUAAUGGCGACUGCAUACAUAUGAAUACACUCUGCGAUGGCAGCAAGCACUGCAGCGAUGGUUCCGAUGAGACCGAAGAGUUUUGCAAAAAUACACUAUGUACACCGAUAUCAUAUCGUUGUGAUUAUGGCGCGUGCAUAGCUUUGAGUCUGCUCUGCGACGGUGUAGCAGAUUGUGUGGAUGCGUCGGAUGAAGAUAGUGAGAAGUGUCGUAAGCGUCGCGAAGAAGUGCCGCCUGAUGAAGUUGAUGAUGAAACCAAUCGUCAUAAUUGUGCGGG